CUUGACUUGACACGAUGGCAUCAAGGGAAGAGAGCGGUCAGGGCACGUUAGGGUUCUUCACGGGGGUGUCCGUGGAUGAUAAGAAGUAUGAGUCAUUGCUGGAAGAUCUCCGUGCGCAUGACCUCUUGGGACCUGUGGAUGACAUGGGCUUUGAUGCAUUUGGCACUGGCGGGUUGUCAGGUCGGCCAACGUCGUCCCUGUUGCCUCAUGACAAUUUUUCAGCGAUUUUCAGUGGCAGCGUCCCCAACGACACGAAGUCGCCGGCGUAUAUGCCAUCUCAACAGCCACGCACUGCGCCUACGGCAGCUACAACCCGCGCCCCGCCACCUGGGUUUGCCUCCGCCCCCGUCGGCAGCGCACCGACUCAGGCCGAUCUCGAAUGGGCUCGUAGCCAGCACGAGUUUGCGUUGUUACGUGAAGGCCGCAAGAACGUUCCAACUGUCGAGACCACCACGAAGCCGCCUACGUAUUUGUACACGGAGGAAGACGACGACGAUGACGUGCUGUUGGAAAACUUGACGAUUCACGACCUGGGCUUGGAUGACGACGACGACAAGCAGCGCGCUACCAAGCAAGCAGCGGUUCUUCCUCCGAUCCCUUCGUCCUUGCCUCCACCUCCGUCGUUUCCACCAGGCCUUCCGCCUCCUGUCGCACAAGCUCCUGCCCGGCAACCCCCUGCUCAGCCGUAUCCUUCGCCACCAGGACACUACCCACUUCCACCACCCAUGCCAGGCCAUUACGGGGGCGUUGUCCCUCCUCCUUAUGGCUUUCACCCGAACGGCCAUCCUUUGCCGCCCCCUCAGGGGUUCCAUGGCCCGACGCCGCAUGCGAUCAUGAACGAAAAGGUGUUCAAAUUCAUGAACCCACGAGACGUCCAGUUCGUUGUCCAGCAACUACUCAAGCAGAUUCGAUCGAGCGACCCGUUCAGCGACGACUACUAUUUCCACAACUACCGCGUGAAACGGGAACGUGUGGUGGCCCCGUCCACCGGCGCAUCGUCUGCGCUGCCGCUGCCGUCGUGGAAGCUCCAGCACAUGAAAACGAUUGAUCCCCAGGACGUAUCUCGUGCCACAAAGUCCCGCGUAUGGCAGACGACGAACCACGUAUUGGGGCGCAUGGCCAAGUCGAGCCUGUACCGUCCUCGCGAAGCGCUCCAUUUGACGGACGAAAACAACGUGGCGUCGACCGGAGAAGUCGCGCUCGUGCGGGAGUCGACGCCAGCGACGUCUGUUUUUUUGAACGACACGUGGUCCAAGCGCCAGCGCAUUGACGAGGGCCUGGUGCAUCUGCUGGCGCUGCAGGACGCCCGACACAUUUUGGACGCCCGCCGCAUCAACGUGGCGCAGUUUCACCAGAUGGACCCGGCGCAGAUGGACCCUCCGCUCGUGGAGCUGCGCAGUAAGACGACGUCGCUGCUCCUGGACCUGGCCAAGGUCCUGGGGGUGACGAACCACAAGCAACCAGCGGACGGCUUUGACCGCGCGGCCCUCGACAGUCUUCUGUCGGUGUCCAAGGGGAAGAAGUUGAUUUGCCGUGCAUUGCCACUGUUGCAUCCGUCGGCCCGCUUUGCCAUGCUACCGCACUUGAUGCACUUUGUGCUAGUGCAGUCGUUGACAACUGCAAACCCCGAUGAAGGCGCGAGUGCCGACAUUGUCCGCUUAGUGCAGACGCUCGUGGUCGCUCUGCAGUACCAACAUCCAUCCCCGCCCGCUGAAGUCCUGGCCCAGUCCAUCGAGUUCGCGAUGGCGCCCCAGACGCUCGAGUCGCUGACGGUCGUGCUGCACAACCGAGCACGUGCGGAGCUCUUGCAAGCGUUGCUGCAAAAAGGAGGCGCGGUGUGCGAGACCGCCACGCCGAGCGUACAGGCGGCAUGGCUUCAAUACCAAGACGUGUUUGUAGCCCUCGCAUCGCGCAUCAAGAACGCUUCGCAGCCGUAGACCCGACGAGAUGCCGCCUGUCGGGGACAUGUGCAUUCGACCCCGGACGUGGUUUUUUACAUAUAUUUCACAUUACACGACUUGAACAGUGUGGUCGGUGGGCACGACCAGCGGUAAACACA